AUGGAAGAUACCGGCGUUGGCUAUAACGACGAAGAAGAUAAAGACGCAAAUGGUGGUAAUGAUGGUCACGGUGGAAAUGACCCCGUGGUCGACGAAGAAGCGAGAACAACCUCGAGGACGACAACAUCAAACAACAACAAAGCAUCAGCGAACAAAACCUCGGAGUUGAUUUUACCCAACGAUCACGUCCGGCAAUUCGUUUCGUUCUUGCACAAACGCAUCGACGAGUCUUUGACACACAGUAGCGGUGGAAACUUUGAGCAAGGGAGAGAUGGCGAACGACGCGGGACAAAUCCGGUGUACGAAAUCGGCAACUUGUACGAGAAGUCGUUUCCAGUCAUCAGCGAGAGGUACUUUAAAAACGCAAACUGGCCGAAGAAAGAAGCGGUUCUCGAGUUUCUCGAGAAAGAGAGAGAAGAAGAAGGGAAGACUUUAACGGGAGAAGAGACAGACGACGAGAUUUUCCUCGCAUUGUACGAGGAGCUUUACUUUCGUCACGUGUACUCGCGAAGCGCGUCGCCGUCGAUCGAAGAGAGAGUGGAGAGUUGGAAAGCGUAUUGCAGAUUGUUUGAUUGCGUUUUGAAGAGAAGUAAGACGAGCGGGCUCGUUUUGCCGAACGUUUGGUUGUGGGAUAUGGUUGACGAGUUCAUCUAUCAAUUUCAGUCGUUUUGUCAGUUCCGAGGAAAGUUGCAGGCGAAAUCGGAGGAAGAGAUUGAGCGUUUGAAAGAGUUGAAAGACGACGGCGACGUGUGGCAAAAAGAGAAGGUUGAGACGUAUUUGGAGGCUUUGCAAAACAAGAAGAAGGAAGAGGCGGAGGAGCGCGAGAAAGAAGUAGAAUCCGACGAGAAGGCGAAAAGAAGCAACAUUGUAGAUACUUUGGGAUAUUUUGCCAUCGUUGGUUUGGCGAGAGUCCAGUGCUUGUCUGGAGAGUACGAGUUGUCUUUGAAAACUUUCGACGCAAUGCCGGAUGUAUUGCACGGCGGCGGAGGAAGUUUACACGCGAGGAUUCCGGGAUGUCACGUUUCUGUCAACUAUCACGUUGGUUUCGCCUAUUUCAUGCUAAAUAGGUAUAAAGACGCGGCAAAACUUUUCAAUCGAGGUAUUUCGCACGUCGAGCGAUUGCAAAUGAAUUUGCGACGAAGGGAAGCCGGCGGAGGUGGCGGGAAAAGUACGGGCGCGCAUUCGCCCGGAGGGAGAAUCGAACUUUUGCGAAAAAAAUCAGAACAAAUGCUUUCUUUGCUAUCGAUUGCGGUCUCAAUGAGCUGUGGAUCUGGUUCCACUUCCAGUGGGGGCGUCAUGAGAUCUUUAGAUGAUCACACGCGUUCCAUUUUGCGAGAAAAGUACGGCGAUAAGAUGGCAAAGAUGAACAACGGAGAAGUAGACGUGUUUGCGGACUUGUUCGCUUUUGCGUGUCCGAAGUUCAUCGCCACGAACGAAAUCAUUCAAUCUACGGGAUCUGGAGAGUAUGCCGCAGAUCCGUCUCUUAGUUAUAAUCAAGAGGCGUAUAAGAAACAACUCGCGGUGUUCAUGGAAGAGGUUCAGCAACGCGCGCCGCUUCCCAAGUUAAAAAGCUAUUUGAGAUUGUACACGACUAUUCCGGUACAAAAGCUCGCGCAGAUGAUGGAAGUUACCGAGGAUGAAUUGAAAAAGAACCUCGAAGUGAUGCAAGAAAAGAGCAGUAACGUCAUCGAGUACAGAAGAGAGUAUUGUAAAUCUCUUCUCGACGGCGUCGAAGUGUCCAAAUUGAACGCUUCUUCCGGCGGCGCGGCGGCGCAUUGGAAUACUUUCGACGCGCUUGACAUUGCGUUAGAUGAAGACGGGAAGACUAUUAAAGUUUUCGAUCACUACACUCAAAGUCAACAGCCACAAGAGAAGGAGCAAACUUCUUUUUCAACUCCUUCGUCUGCUUCCAUGGCCUCCGCUCCCACGAAAGAUGCGGAAAUUUUCACUCGACACAUUCACAGACUGUCCAAGCUGAUGAAAGAAUUGAAAUAA